CCUUGAGAUACAUGAGCGAUGGUUGUACGAUGCGGAGGUUUCGCUUGCGAGUAAUUUUUGCCGACAACGGCGCGUGAGGACACAAUGCUGGAGUGAAAACGAUCUAAGUGUGGAAUAGUACAAUGGCGGGCAUGACAGUGGAAGACGCCUUGGCUUACUUGAAAACCAUCAGCACCAGCACCGGAGAUGACGCAUUCACGCACAUCUCUGAGAUUGUGCGCACUGUUUUACAAGCGAAGGCGAAGAACGCUGUGGACAUCCUCGAAUCAAGCUUCCUUCUUAAAAAAACGCGAUUCGUGUCGCAUGAAGGGGACAAGCCGGUCAAAAGGGGACGAGAUCCCUCGGACGUGAAACCUGUCAAGCAAUUUUUUUCCCUCUUCUGUCAGAAAGAGCCGGAACCUGCAGUGAAGGAAGAACCGAAGAAUGAGGACGAAGGAGAAGAGGAGGAUGAUCCUCCGGAGGAACCCGAAGAACCACCAGUAAACGAGUUUGAAGCACAAAACAUGCUGAUGGACAGUGUUUUCUUCGACGCCUGUGGCUGCGGAAUUGGGCGAUUAGACACAUACCUCGUCAUUCUGGCUUUGAAGCAACUGGGAGAUGAUCCAACAUUCGGCAUUGAAACAGUCCGCUUUUUCGGCAAAUUUCUUGGCAUCUCCAACAACUACUAUGUGUUUGAGAGCACUCUGAAAGAGGGAGCAAAUGGUGAUGUAGAGGAGGAAGAUGUCGAGGAAGGUGAAGAAGGACAAGAAGGGGAAGAGAAGCCAAAGAAGUCCAAAAAUUGGGGCCGUCCCGUAGAUGGCAUCCCACUGGAGGAAGGAGUAGGUACUAACGCAAUGGUAUACUGGUAUUGCCACAGACCAGGGGAUGCAUGUCAGAAGCUGCCUCCAGUGACACCAUUACAGGUCAAAACAGCGAGACAAUUAAAGAAAUAUCUGACUGGCGACCCGGAGGCAGAAGUGUCAGGAUAUCCGCCCUUUCCUGGAAUCGAACUGAACUAUCUACGAGCCCAAAUCGCAAGGAUCGCACAUGCAACGCAAAUCGCUCCUGCUGGGUUUUACUCGGCUUCGGAGGAUGACGGGGGCGAACAAACUGUCACACCAGCUGAAGAUUUUACCAUGCCGCCUACGGAACAAUUGGUGGCUCUGGAGGAGUGGGUGCACAAGAACGCCAUGAUUUCAAAGCAAGGAAGAUCCACCAAGUACGAGGAGCCGGAAUCCGAAGGUGAGGAUCAGCUAGAGGCCGACGGAGAGGAAGCAGUCGAGGGCGAGGAAGGUGAGGAUGAUGAAGAAGCGCAAGAUGAGGAAGAGGAGGAGGAGGCGGAGCAGGAGGAGGUGCCACAGGAGGAAGAACAGCCUGGUCCACUGAGGCCAAUCUCCGAAGACAAAGAUCUCCUCGGCAUGGAAGGUGUCAAAGCUUGGUCGAUAUGCAAGAGCUCAAGCAUCAAAGGCCUGAAACACCAGGUGGUAUGCCUUCGAUCACAUCUAUGGCCAGGCGCUUACUGCGUUGCCACCCCUACGAGCUUCAGCAACGUGUAUGUAGGCUAUGGAGUUAAGAAUGAGCCGUUCAAGCCAUCCAUGCCGCCUCCGGUGCAGAAAGAGUACCGCAAACAAAUGGUCGAGGCCACUGAUCUUCCUCCCAAACCAGACCCACCACCACCUCAAGAUGAAGAAGAAGGCGUGGGCGACGAAGCUGGUGACGGCGAAGAAGACGACGACGAGGAAGAAUACUGAGCUUGAUUAGCCAACACUUUUCUUCUUGUGGCGAAUCUACCUUUGAAAUUGUAUUUACAUUUUGGUAUAGGGAUCUGCAAACACAACAAAAUAACAAGAAUUACAAAAAUUACAAAUCGAAACAAUAAUCAGCAAUAGAGGUUGGUGGGUCGAAAAAAUGGAACAAAUAUGCGACACGUGAAAUGUGAAACUUGUAAUCAAUUUCGAUUCUUAAAUGUAAAUGAAGCAAAGUUCAAUACC